UUUUUUAAAAUUCUUUGCUCUGGGUACAGUAGAUCUCUGUCUGAUUUUUCCUUCCCUGGUAGCGGGGUGGCCCGGGAGGGACGAUCGUGGCAGUGACGGGAAUGUUUACUUGUGCAGAAGUCUUUCUCAUGUGGAAGCACGCUGCUCCCUAACUUCUGGCUAAGCAGACUUCAGUUCACCAACUUUGCUGCCGCACAGCACGCGUAACUCCUUGGCAGGAUGGCAGAGGAAAGAACAGCUGGUGCAAAGCAAUAGGGGAUUCUUAGCGAGGAGAAGAAAGGAAGGAAGAUCACCAACCUUUCACCCACGGCUGUCAGAGCAGCAGGAACGGGACAGCUGAGGCCACCAUGCGCAGGUCCAGCACCGAUGAGUCCACCUAUCACAGGAGCCCUUCCCUGGACAGCAAGGAUUACAGUUUCCCAAAUGGCGCCUUCCGUCGAUACAGCAGCAUGUAUGGUGGCCAGUUUGGGGCUGCCAGCAACUCUUUUUUUGGAUUUCAUACCAACCCUGGCCCGAAGGCCACCAAGGCUAAGUACACGACCCCCAAGGGAAACAAGUACGUUGUCUUUUACCUGGAUCUCUCAUUUAUUUUUCUCCUAGAACUGAAGAGGUGCAGCAUGGCUCACAACUGCCUGCAGUGUAUCAAGUACCUAAUGUUUGUUUUCAACCUUCUCUUCUGGUUGGGAGGCUGUGGAAUCCUUGGUGUAGGCAUCUGGCUGGCUGUCACCCAAGGGAACUUUGCCACCCUCUCCUCUUCUUUCCCAUCCCUGUCAGCUGCCAACCUGCUGAUCGUCACAGGGACGUUUGUCAUGAUCAUUGGCUUCGUGGGCUGCAUAGGUGCCAUCAAAGAAAACAAGUGCCUCCUGCUGAGUUUUUUUAUCAUGCUGUUAAUUAUAUUUCUGUUGGAGCUCACUGUUGUGAUUCUGUUUUUCGUCUACACCGACAAGAUUGACAAGUAUGCUCAGCGGGAUCUGAAGAAAGGACUUCACUUGUAUGGGACAGAUGGAAAUAUUGGCCUCACUAAUGCAUGGAGCAUCAUCCAAACAGAUUUCAGAUGCUGCGGAGUCUCCAACUACACGGACUGGUUCGAAGUGUACAACACAACCCGGGUGCCAGACUCCUGCUGCUUAGAAUUCAGUGAGAACUGUGGGCUCCAUUCCCCAGGGACCUGGUGGAAAGCGCCGUGCUAUGAAACUGUGAAAGUAUGGCUCCAGGAAAACUUACUGGCAGUGGGAAUCUUUGGAUUGUGCACAGCUAUGGUGCAGAUUCUCGGACUCACCUUUGCAAUGACCAUGUAUUGUCAGGUAGUCAAGGCAGACACCUACUGUGCAUAGAUACCAUUCCCAAUCUUUCUGCUUCUCCUCCAAAGGACACAGGAGAAAUCUCCUUCAUGCUCAUUCAUCUGACCUUUCCCCACCCCCCUUUGUACUAUAAACUGUGUAUAAUGCUAUCUUUCUGAAGAUUUUGUGAAUCACCCCACUUUACUGAAGGAGGAAGAAAAGAAAAAGUCAGUACUUGAACUGGCACAGGUAAGAAGCAGCCUUGUCUUCAAGCAGAGGAAAACCAAAAAAGCAUGGUUCCUUUUCCAUGGCCUGUGGCAAGGCAAGAGAGGCUGCUUACAAGGGGCUGACUGCAGACCCAUGUUGAGAAAAGAUGGCACUGAGGCAACCUCUGCAAAAGCUGCCAGGCUGCCUUCCUGCAUUUCCCAGUCUGGAAGAGAGGAGGUAGAAAACAAAUGUUCUUCAGCAAGAAGGUACAGAGUAGCUAGGACUGAACGCAAUUGUAAUUUUACUACAGUUUGCACACAGCUAAAAUGUCAAGAUCAAGCAGCCCUGCCUCCAAGUGUCUCAAGAUGAUUUUGUAGCCAGGAGAGGAUCAUCUUCAGAAGUGCAUUGUUUUAAAGGAGUAUUUUUAAUCUUCUGUGCCGCAGAGUCAGGCUUUUAAUCAGAAUCUGUACAGCGAGAUCCUGGCUGUUAAUGGAAAACAAUAUUGGACAUUGCCUCACUUCCUAAUUGCCAGUGGCAUAUAGAUGGUUGACUGCAUAUGUUAUAUAUAUUACAUUCAUAAACACAUACUUUUCUGAAAGGAGGUGAAAAUACCCAGCAUCUAACCUCAGAAAGAGGAAACCUUUCUAUCCUAUUUUACAUUCCAACUGAAAUAACCAAGUAUUAUUUCUUGUACAAGGCACUAUCACUUAUACCUCUGGGAAACAAGUAAUUACUUUCAGCUGUAUCUUCAUUUCAGUAAACAAUUUGUGAGUGGGCUCUC